AUGUGUCCCAUGCAGUUACUAGAGCCAGUGUGUCACCAGUUGUUUGAGUUUUACCGGAGCGGUGAGCCGCAGCUGCAGCGUUUCACGCUACAGUUCCUGCCAGAGCUCCUGUGGAGCCUCCUGUCCGUCAGCGCAGCCAGAGAUCCCCACACCUCCGGCUGCAUCGAGGCCCUGCUGCUAGGCAUUUACAACCUGGAAAUAGUUGAUAAGGAUGGACAGAGUAAGGUGUUAUCUUUUACCGUCCCUUCCCUCUCCAAACCCUCAGUUUACCAUGAGCCUUCAACUAUUGGCUCCAUGGCCCUUACCGAAGGAGCUCUAGCUAACCAUGGGCUGAGCAGAGUGGUGUACAGCGGGCCUCACCUCCAGAGAGAAACCUUCACAGCACAGAACAGAUUUGAGGUGCUGACCUUCCUCCUGCUUUGCUACAACGCCGCUCUCAGCUACAUGUCCUCCACCUCCCUGCAGUCCCUCUGCCAGCUCAGCUCCAGGGUGUGUAUUUGUGGUUACCCACGGCAACAGAUGCGGCGGUACAAAGGCAUUAACACACGGCUCACAGUCACAUCAGAGUUCCUGGUUCAGCUCAUCACAGGGAUCCACUACGCCUUGUGUAAUGGUGAAGUUGACCUGGGAUCCAAAGCACUGGAUGACGUUCUGUAUCGAGCCCAGCUAGAGUUGUUCCCCGAAGCCCUGUUGGUGGGUAACGCCAUUAAGUCAUCACUGCACAGUGCAGCACUGAAAAGCAACAAUAAGGAGGGUGCGCGGAGUAUUCAGGUGGAGAUCACACCUACCUCCUCGAGGAUCUCCCGCAACGCUGUUACCUCCCUCUCGAUCAGGGGACACCGCUGGAAGAGACAUGACGCAGUGGAUCUGGGUUCCCCGGAUGAGCUGAUGGAUAUUUCGGAGGUGGAUGAAGGGGUUUGGCCAGGUGGCGCGGGGCCUGACAUGACCCCACCCACCAUCACUAUCAGCAACAGCGUCACAACAUUGAACCUGGGGGCCAAAGCCAUGAAGAAGUGUCGGCUUGGCGGGCGGACCAGCAAGGACAAGGACAAGGAGGCGGGCCCUCUAAUGCCGGGCCGGGCUGCCAGCGAGAACGCAGAGCUGUCUGUCAAGCGGCUAACGCUCACUUCCAGCCAAUCGGUGCCCAAAGCGGGUGCCCUCACCAGCCUGACGCGCACCGCCAGCGCUGUUUUCUCACGCUCCUUUGAGCACGUGGCCAGCGGCAAUGCCCCUCCCUCAAGCAACCACACCGCCUCCGAAGCCGGCCGCUACUCCUGCAGCCUGCAGGAGGAAGGCUUGGUGUACUUGAGUCCAGCGCCAAAUCACACACAGCGCUCCCCCAGCAUUAGCGUUCAUCUCGGCUCUGAUCUUUGAACUCAAGUGUGACUCUUGACUCAUGUCUGAUCCUGUGACCCCAUACCUGUGACCUGGAACUCCAAGCCAUGCUAACUGCAGUUGACUGCAAAAGAAAGACUCCAGCUGUUUCCCCCUUGUCACUCCAUUUUUUUUAUUUUAUCCCCCCCCCCGUAUCUUUAACUCUCUGUGCUGUGAAAUGCCGAGCGCAGUCAGAGGCGUCGAGGACGCCGCUUCCAGCUUUGUCUGACUUUUAGCAGUGCGCUCAUGACCUGGACAUAACUGUGGUCGUAAACGAGCGUGCUUAAAAUUCAAAAUCACUAAGAAACUAUGUGGGAAAGUACUUCAAAAGUGAUCUAAUCUGUAUUUGUUGCCCUCUGCAUGGCUUUUCCAUACAUCCAUCCUUACCGCCCAGGUUUGUUAAAGGGCACGUGUUGAGUGCGCGAGCAUGUUUGUGAGUGAGUGAGUGUGUGUGCGUUGACUUUAUCUGUACGUACAACUGUUUUUAGAUAAAAAAGGCUGCUGAUUGAUGAAGUGAAAUAGUUGAUUCUCCUAGUUGGAACACUGUUUCUACUACUUUUAUACAAAAAUAAUAAUGAUGAUGAUAAUAAUGGAUCCCUUCCCAUAGCAAUACAAAACUGUCCUAUUCAGUGUUUUUUAUAUUUUGGGCUGUUUACUGAAUCUUCCUUCUGUUGGCACUUAUCAGAAGUUAUGCCUGUGCUUUAUUCUUCCUAAAGAGAAACAAAAAACCUACAACUAAAACAUUAAAAAUCAAACGGUAUGAUAAGAAUCUAGUCUUUAUGUUUACAAUCACACAGUUUUCUCAUUAAAGAUGGAGAAGCAAUAUUACCCCUGCCCCACCAACCCCCCACCACCCUCGCUCCUUCCUGAACUGCUGUGUAUUUGAUGGCAAAAAUUUAAAACGAAGACAAAGAGGAUUUGGGUUUUUAAUGGAUGAUGGCUGUGUGUGCGUGUGUGCGUGCGUGUGUGUGAUUUAAGUAUUAAAUUUUGCACAUGGAAGAACAAAUGAGUUGUGUUUUUCAGCGCUGGUAUUUUCUUAUUCAUGAGAAAGUUUUGACUCUCAAACAUUGUCUUUCCCUGUAAGAGAAAAAUGCUUUGUUGCUCUUUUUUUAAAGGUUCCAAAGUGAUUAAAGAAUUUGGUAUUUCACAGUAAAGUUCUGCUGACUCAACCUCAACUGUGGAAGAUUGUCUGAAGCAACAGGGCAUCUAUCCCGUCCUGUGAUCCACUCACCAUUCCAGCUGUUUGUAGUGCUUUAGUGACGUGUUUCCUGUGUCUCCUCUUGUCGUUCAUCACUGCACAAGACAUGGUGAUAUUCUCUUGUACCAGCAAACAAAUAAAAACUCCAACCAUCAGCUAAUUUUGAUGUCUUAAAUCAAGCGUUCAUGCUGCUCGACCCUCAAGCAAACUUGUAGUCUGUUGUCUGUAUGCUAGAGCUGUGUGUCUGUAGCGUGGUGGGACAAUAAUCAUGUUUUUCUGUGUGUGGUUUAACAGAAUGUGAACGGGUAAGCUGUUGUUGUACAUCAUACUGUUGUACUCAAGACCGGUUAUAUUGGCCUUUCUACGUCUGAAAAUAACUCACUGCUACAACUUCUGGGAAUAAAGUGUUUCUAUAUUUCA